AUGAACUGGAACGUGUCCUCCAACCGGCAGAUGCAUCACACAGACAAGUUCUACACCCCAGAACUGAUCUUGAGGAGAGGCCAACCCUUCAAUAUCUCAUUGACCUUCAAUGGAAAUGUGGGUUCUGAACAAAAUCUGGCGUUUGAAGUCUCCACAGGACCUUACCCCUCAGAGUCUGCCAGGACGAGGGCCGUGUUUCCACUCUCCAAUGGAAUAAGCAACAGUUGGAGUGCAGCGCUCCAGGGCAACCAAAACAACACUCUGACCAUCACAAUGUCCAGUCCUGCCAAUGCACCCAUAGGACGCUACACAAUGAACGUUCAGAGCUCCACCUUCUCUAUGAAUCUUGGGACAUUCGUACUCCUUUUUAACCCUUGGCUGCAAGCCGAUGGUGUCUUUAUGAGUAACGCUGCUGAGAGAGAGGAAUACGUUCAGCAAGAUGCUGGUAUCAUCUAUGUGGGAAGCACAAAUCGCAUUGGCAUGGUUGGCUGGAACUUUGGACAGUUUGAGCAGGAUAUUUUGAACAUUUGCCUCACAGUCCUUGAUAGAAGUCUGAAUUUCCGCCGUGACGCUGCUACUGAUGUGGCCCGCAGAAAUGACCCCAAAUAUGUUGGCCGUGUGCUGAGUGCAAUGGUUAAUGGCAAUGAUGACAAUGGUGUCCUUGCUGGAAAUUGGAGUGGCAGCUAUACAGGUGGCUUGGAUCCAAGGAACUGGAAUGGCAGUGUGGAGAUCCUCAAAGAAUGGAAAAGAUCUAACUUCAAACCCGUGCGCUUUGGGCAGUGCUGGGUGUUUGCUGGGACCCUCAAUACAGUGUUGCGGUCUCUUGGGAUUCCCUCCCGAGUGAUCACCAACUUCAACUCGGCUCAUGACACAGACCGAAACCUCAGUGUGGAUGUGUACUAUGACCCCAUGGGAAAUCCCCUGGACAAAGGCAGUGACAGUGUAUGGAAUUUCCAUGUCUGGAAUGAAGCCUGGUUUGCCCGGACAGACGUGGGACCCGCCUACAGUGGAUGGCAGGUGUUGGACGCGACUCCUCAGGAAAGGAGCCAAGGGGUGUUCCAGUGUGGCCCUGCCUCAGUCAUCGGGGUCCGAGAGGGUGACGUGGACCUGGACUUUGACAUGCCCUUCGUUUUUGCGGAAGUCAAUGCUGACCGCAUCACCUGGAUCUACGAUAAUAGAAGCAACACUCAGAAGAAGAAUUCCUCGGAUACGUAUUCUGUGGGCAAGUACAUCAGCACCAAGGCCGUGGGCAGCAACUCCCGAAUGGACAUCACGGAAAAAUACAAAUACCCUGAAGGUUCACCUCAGGAAAGACAAGUUUUCGAUAAGGCUUUGGGAAAACUUAAACCCAACCGGUUGUUCAACCCAACAUCCUCAGGGGGCUUCGAGAGAGGGGAGCGGGAGCCCAGCAUCUCUGGAAAGUUCAAGGUCACUGGCAUUCUGGCAGUGGGCCAGGAAGUCAACCUGGCCCUGAUCCUGAAGAACCUGACAAGUGACAUGAAGACUGUGAUGGUGCACAUGACAGCCUGGACCAUCGUCUACAAUGGCACACUUGUACAUGAGGUGUGGAAGGACUCUGUCACUAUAUCCAUGGACCCUGAAGAAGAAACACAGUACCCUGUGAAGAUCCCAUAUGCUGAGUAUGAGAAGCAUCUGAAAGCCGACAACAUGAUCCGUAUCACAGCCGUGUGCAAGGUCCCCGACGAGGGCGAGGUGGUAGUGGGGCGAGACGUCAUCCUGGACAACCCUGCCCUGACCUUGGAGGUGCUGGACGAGGCGAGAGUGCAGAAGCCCGUCAAUGUGCAGAUGCUCUUCUCUAACCCCCUGGAUGAACCUGUGAAGAACUGUGUGCUGAUGGUGGAGGGAAGCGGCCUGCUGAGGGGCAACCUCAAAAUAGACGUGCCAACCCUGCGCCCCAAGGAGCGGUCCCGGGUCCGUUUUGAGAUCCUGCCCACCCGGAGUGGCACCAAACAACUGCUUGCUGACUUCUCCUGCAACAAAUUCCCUGCAAUCAAAGCCAUGCUGUCCAUCGAUGUGGCCGAGUGA